GACAGCGGCGGCCCGGCCCCCCGCGGCCUUGGGGCUGCUCCGGCCAGGAGGCCGCCGAGGAGACGGCGCGGCGGCGCGGUCGACCUGACUGAAACACCCUAGGAUCUUGGUGUCUGGACAUAGGAGAGCCAGCUUCUGAAAGCCCCUGUGUCAGCAUUUGAGGAAUGAUGGUAUAGUGCUAUUGUUAUCUUCAAGUGUUGUGAAGCACAAACUUUUCAAAUCCCUGUAGAUAUGGACAGAGAAGAAAGGAAGACUAUCAACCAGGGUCAAGAAGAUGAAAUGGAGAUUUAUGGUUAUAAUUUGAGUCGCUGGAAGCUUGCCAUAGUUUCUUUAGGAGUGAUUUGCACUGGUGGGUUUCUCCUCCUGCUCCUCUACUGGAUGCCAGAGUGGCGGGUGAAAGCGACCUGUAUCAGAGCUGCAAUUAAAGACUGUGAAGUGGUGCUGCUGAGGACUACUGAUGAAUUCAAAAUGUGGUUUUGUGCAAAAAUUCGCUUUCUUUCUCUGGAAAGUCACCCAUUUGUUAAUCCAAAAUCUAUAGCUAAUAAGAUUUCAAAUGGCCAUGCAGUCCAUUUAACUGAGAAUCCUACUGAAGAUACUAGCCAUGAAAUGAAUAAAUAUUCACAGACUCAGUCACAACAGAUUCGUUAUUUCACCCACCAUAGUGUAAAAUAUUUCUGGAAUGAUACCAUUCACAAUUUUGAUUUCUUAAAGGGACUGGAUGAAGGUGUUUCUUGUACGUCAAUUUAUGAAAAGCAUAGUGCAGGACUGACAAAGGGGAUGCAUGCCUACAGAAAAUUGCUUUAUGGAAUAAAUGAGAUUGCUGUGAAAGUGCCUUCUGUUUUUAAGCUUCUAAUUAAAGAGGUUCUCAAUCCAUUUUACAUUUUUCAGCUGUUCAGUGUUAUACUGUGGAGCACUGAUGAAUACUAUUACUAUGCUCUAGCCAUUGUGAUUAUGUCUAUAGUAUCAAUUAUGAGCUCACUAUAUUCCAUUAGAAAGCAAUACAUUAUGUUGCAUGACAUGGUGGCAACUCACAGUACUGUGAGAGUUUCAGUUUGUAGAGUAAACGAAGAAAUAGAGGAGAUUUUUUCUACAGACCUUGUGCCGGGAGAUGUCAUGGUUAUUCCAUUAAAUGGGACAGUCAUGCCUUGUGAUGCAGUACUCAUUAAUGGUACUUGUAUUGUCAAUGAAAGCAUGUUGACAGGAGAGAGUGUUCCAGUGACAAAGACUAAUUUGCCAAAUCCUUCAGUGGAUAUAAAAGGAAUGGGAGAGGAAUUAUACAGCCCAGAAACACAUAAACGACACACUCUGUUUUGUGGGACGACUGUUAUUCAGACCCGUUUUUACACUGGAGAACUUGUUAAAGCCAUAGUAGUUAGGACAGGAUUUAGUACUUCCAAAGGACAACUGGUCCGCUCUAUAUUGUAUCCUAAACCAACUGACUUUAAACUCUACAGAGAUGCUUACUUAUUUCUACUAUGUCUUGUGGCAGUGGCUGGCAUUGGGUUCAUCUACACAAUUGUCAAUAGCAUUUUAAAUGAGGUAGAAGUUGGAGAAAUCAUUAUUGAAUCUCUUGAUAUCAUUACAAUUACUGUACCACCUGCACUUCCUGCUGCCAUGACUGCUGGUAUUGUAUAUGCUCAAAGAAGACUGAAAAAUGUUGGUAUUUUCUGUAUCAGUCCUCAAAGGAUAAAUAUCUGUGGACAGCUGAAUCUUGGGACUGGAACUCUUACUGAAGAUGGUUUAGAUCUGUGGGGGAUUCAACGAGUGGAAAAUACCCGAUUUCUUUUGCCAGAAGAGAAUGUUUGUAAUGAGUUGUUGGUAAAAUCUCAAUUUGUUGCUUGUAUGGCUACUUGUCAUUCACUCACAAAAAUUGAAGGAGUGCUUUCUGGUGACCCACUUGAUUUGAAAAUGUUUGAAGCCAUUGGAUGGAUUCUGGAAGAAGCAACUGAAGAAGAAACAGCACUUCAUAAUCGAAUUAUGCCCACUGUGGUUCGUCCUCCCAAACAGCUGCUUCCUGAAUCUACACCUGGAGGAAACCAAGAAAUGGAGCUGUUUGAACUUCCAGCUAUUUAUGAGAUAGGAAUCGUUCGUCAGUUCCCAUUUUCUUCUGCUUUACAACGUAUGAGUGUGGUUGCAAGAGUACUAGGGGAUAAGAAAAUGGAUGCCUAUAUGAAAGGAGCCCCUGAGGUCAUUGCCAGCCUUUGUAAACCUGAAACAGUUCCAGUUGAGUUUGAGGAAGUUUUAGAAGAUUACACUAAACAAGGCUUCCGUGUGAUUGCUCUUGCACACAGAAAAUUGGAAUCAAAACUAACAUGGCAUAAAGUACAGAAUAUUAGCAGAGAUACCAUUGAAAACAACAUGGAUUUUAUGGGAUUAAUUAUAAUGCAGAACAAAUUAAAGCAAGAAACCCCUGCAGUACUUGAAGAUUUGCAUAAAGCCAACAUUCGCACUGUCAUGGUCACAGGUGACAACAUGUUGACUGCUGUCUCUGUGGCUAGAGACUGUGGAAUGAUUCUACCUCAGGAUAAAGUUAUUAUUGCUGAAGCAUUACCUCCAAAGGAUGGGAAGGUUGCUAAGAUAAAUUGGCAUUAUGCGGACUCCCUAACACAGUGCAGUAAUUCAACAGCAGUUGGCUCAGAGGAUAUUCCAAUUAAAUUGGUCCAUGAUAGCUUAGAAGAUCUUCAGAUUACUCCUUAUCAUUUUGCAAUGAAUGGAAAAUCAUUUUCAGUGAUACUGGAGCAUUUUCAAGACCUUGUUCCUAAAUUGAUGUUGCAUGGUACCGUGUUUGCUCGUAUGGCACCUGAUCAGAAGACACAGCUGGUAGAAGCAUUGCAAAAUGUAGAUUACUUUGUUGGGAUGUGUGGUGAUGGUGCAAAUGAUUGUGGCGCCUUGAAGAGAGCACAUGGAGGCAUUUCCUUAUCUGAACUUGAGGCUUCAGUGGCAUCUCCUUUUACCUCUAAAACUCCUAGCAUUUCCUGUGUGCCAAACCUUAUCAGGGAAGGUCGUGCUGCUUUAAUGACUUCCUUCUGUGUGUUUAAGUUUAUGGCAUUGUACAGUAUCAUACAGUACUUCAGUGUUACUCUCCUGUAUUCUAUUUUAAGUAACCUAGGAGACUUCCAGUUCCUCUUCAUUGAUCUGGCAAUCAUCUUGGUAGUGGUAUUUACAAUGAGUUUAAAUCCUGCCUGGAAGGAACUUGUGGCACAAAGACCGCCUUCAGGUCUUAUAUCUGGGGCACUACUCUUCUCCGUUUUGUCUCAAAUUGUUAUCUGCAUUGGAUUUCAAUCUCUGGGAUUUUUUUGGGUCAAGCAGCAGCCGUGGUAUCCAUCUUUAGACGCUUGUAAUACAACAAGAAGCCUAUUUCAGAAUUCUUCACACUUAGAGAAUGAAACUGAACUUGAUACACAUAAUAUACAGAAUUAUGAAAAUACCACAGUGUUUUUUAUCUCCAGUUUUCAGUACCUCAUAGUGGCAAUUGCCUUUUCAAAAGGAAAACCCUUCAGGCAACCUUGCUACAAAAAUUAUUUUUUUGUUGUAUCUGUGAUUAUUUUGUAUGUCUUCAUAUUACUCAUCAUGUUGCAUCCAGUUGCCUCUGUUGACCAGGUUCUUCAGAUAAUGUGUGUACCAUAUGAGUGGCGGAUAACUAUGCUCAUCAUUGUUCUUGUCAAUGCCUUUGUAUCUAUCAUGGUGGAGAGCUUCUUCCUUGACACGGUCCUUUGGAAAAUUGUGUUCAAUCGAGACAAACAAGGAGAGUAUCGCUUCACCACACAGCCACCACAGGAGUCAGUGGAUCGGUGGGGGAAAUGCUGCUUGUCUUGGGCACUGGGCUGUAGAAAGAAGACGCCAAAGGCAAAGUACAUGUAUCUGGCACAGGAGCUCUUGAUUGAUCCGGAAUGGCCACCCAAACCUCAGACAACAACAGAAGCUAAAGCUUUGGUGAAGGAGAAUGGAUCAUGUCAGGUCAUCACCAUAACAUAGCAAUGACUUGGUGUCAUUGGUUUGCUAAUAGCAGUGUUCAGGAGAGAGAAUGAUUUUAUGAUUUCCUGAUCCUGUGUGUCAGAAUAGCCACUAUUUCAAUUUAUGCUUCUUCUUCUGAUAAUAUACAGUAAUUGAUUUGAAAGCUUUGCUUUAAAACACAUACAAAAGAGAGAGUGACAUUGAAUUCAGACCUGGUUAUAUCUUCAUUCAGUAACCUAAGUAUUAUAUAAAUAUUGUAGAAUUUGACUGUUACCCUAUGUGAUUAUUUAUAUUGGGUACCAGAGAAAUCUGGUGUUCAGUAAGUUUUUCAACAUUGGCUUUUGAAACUAGUUUGCUUUUUAAAAUUUUUUCUCACAACCCCUUUUGACAGGAAAUGUUUAUAAGUGUGUAUAUAUAUAUAUAUAUAC